AUGUUUUCCAUCUCAAAAGAACAUGAACUUCGAAGAGAAGCUACCUGUGUCGACAUUGGAAAACCAAUACGGCAAGGAGUUUACAGCGUAGUACUACAGGAGUGCGACGACAAGAAUCCAGUAGAAUUUGAACAUGAACAAAACGGUCCAAUUCGGCACAAGGAGCGUGGACUUUGCUUGGAUGUUGAAGACAUUCCAUCCGGUGGAGAUGUAUUGUUAGCUCGUUGCGAACCAGGCAAAGCUAGCCAACAAUGGUCUUUCGACAAGUAUUUCCAGCUUUAA